CUGGACAAGGUUUUAGUAUUAGGCUUUAGCGUUCUUAUUGAUUUUUCAGAAAACCUCCCUAAAACCUCGCAGCCUCAGAGCCGAGCAAAUCGCAAGUUGGAUCGCAUAUUUUGCUCUCGGCUUCUAAUAUCAAAGGUGGGACAAUUAUGCUAGUUUCUAGACUUUCAAGAAUUGGUGUUCAGACGGUUAAGCAGCUCGCAAGAGGCAUGUGUACAUCCUUGUGUAGAACAGGAUUUUUGCAAACACCUUACAGUCAAUGUCGACAACCUUGGUUUGAAUUACAUACAGACCCAAAGGCGUUCCAAGGUACCUUAUUUCAGAAGCAUUAUCUGUUUUCUAGCACAGCUUCUGGUAGUGAUAUUGGAGAUGGCAGCGAAAGAAAGGAAAUGAUAUCUGUAACAUUUGUGGACAAGGAUGGAGAGGAAAAGCACAUCAAAGUUCCAAUUGGAAUGUCUAUGUUGGAAGCUGCUCAUGAACAUGAUAUAGAACUUGAAGGAGCAUGCGAAGGCUCACUUGCUUGUUCAACAUGUCAUGUGAUUGUCAUGGAUGUCGAAUGCUACAACAAAUUAGAAGACCCAACUGAUGAGGAGAAUGACAUGUUGGAUUUGGCCUUUGGGCUCACAGAAACUUCUCGAUUGGGUUGUCAGGUGAUUGCAAAACCUGAACUUGAUGGAAUUCGCUUAGCUAUUCCUGCUGCCACACGAAAUUUCGCUGUUGACGGGUAUGUUCCAAAACCACACUAGACAUGGUGCAACACUAAAAGUGUAUGCUGUGUAAAGGAUGCAAUUAUCCCAGUUUUGUAGAUAACAUAUUGUAUUCAACCAAUGACCAUCUCCAGUUCUAAAGUCAUUGUUUUUGUCAUUGAUUAUUACAUAUUUAUUUUGCUUAAUAAUGUUUGUAUGGAACUAAUUUUAUACUGGCAUCAUGUCAAGGGAAUAGAGGAUUGAGACUGUUGAAUCCAUUAUAAUGACAAAA